AUCAGAUCAUAUCGCAACUCAUCACACUGGUCAUCCUCUACUGCGCCGCUCAUUCCGCUUAGUACCCACGGCCAUCUAAGACACAACGAACGGCACAGCUUCGAGCUCCUCACCGUUUCCAGCUCAGAGCGGAAGAGCGACGAAGAGGCAAGUCGCCAAGAGCAGUCUCACCAGAGCAUCCGUCGGCACUGCCUCAAUCACUUGUCCACUUGUUCGCCCGUGACUGAACGAAAGUGCUCGAACCUGGAUCCCUGUCUCCACACAUAGAAGUGAAGGAGGUUCCAAAGAGCGCAAGACGAGUUUGCUUGCCUAGAAGUUGAGCACUACUAUUCGAACGGCCCCACCGUUACCAUAUCGUCCCGUCACAAUGGAGGCCAUUCUUGACUUCAACCAAGACCUUGACCUCGGUCUGCUCGACCGAGUCGUCUCUGCGAUGUACACUGGAUCUGGUCAGGACCAAAAGAUGGCUCAGCAGGUACUGGCUCAAUUCCAGGAGCAUCCGGACGCAUGGCAGCGUGUCCCUGCCAUCCUGCAACAGUCUUCCAACGCACAGACUAAAUUUAUCGCUCUCCAGAUCCUCGACAAGCUCAUUUCCACAAGGUGGAAGGUCUUGCCACAGGACCAGCAGCAGGGCAUUCGCAACUUCAUCGUCGAGAUGAUCAUCCAAGCAUCGUCAGAGGAGUCCACUCUGCGACGUGAGAAGACGUACAUCAACAAGCUCAACACCACUCUGAUCCAGGUCCUCAAGCAGGAGUGGCCUCACAAAUGGCCCAGCUUCAUCACAGACAUCGUGUCCUCCAGCAGGACAUCACUUUCCAUUUGUGAGAACAACAUGGUCAUCCUCCGACUAUUGUCAGAAGAGAUCUUCGACUAUUCAGCGGAGCAAAUGACUCAGGCCAAGACGAAGAACCUCAAGAACCAGAUGUGUGGAGAGUUUGCAGAGGUCUUCCAGCUCUGUUCGGAGGUUCUUGAGAAGGCUCAGAAGCCUUCGCUUAUCAAGGCGACCCUCGAGACAUUACUGCGCUUCCUGAAUUGGAUCCCGUUGGGCUACAUCUUCGAGACACCGGUCAUUGACCAUCUGAUCAACCGGUUCCUGGAAGUUCCCGACUUCCGCAACGUCACUUUGAAGUGUCUGUCCGAGAUCGCUGGCUUGAGCGUGGGACCAGAGUACGACCAGAAGUUUGUUGUGCUGUUCAACAUGGUCAUGACCUCUGUCAACCGCAUGAUCCCGCCAAGCACGAGCAUCGCAGCGGCCUACGACACAUCUUCCGAUUCCGAUCAGGAGCUCGUCCUCAACCUGGCAUUGUUCUUGAGCAACUUCCUCAAUCAGCACUUGCCCCUCGUCGAGAAUGAGCAGAACAAGGACGUUCUGCUCAAUGCUCAUCUGUACCUAAUCAAAGUUUCACAAGUGCCGGAAAGAGAAGUCUUCAAGAUUUGUCUGGAGUACUGGUCUAAGCUGGUCACUGGCCUGUACGAAGAGCUCAAGUCGAUACCGAUCGCUGGAAUGGAUCCUCUUCUCGGCCUCAACCUAGGCAAUGGACAUACGGCAGGGAACGGCGGACCUAAUCUGCGGAAGAAUAUCUAUGCUGAAAUCCUGAGCAAUCUUAGACUCGUCAUGAUCGAGAGGAUGGUCAAGCCAGAGGAGGUUCUCAUUGUGGAGAACGAUGAGGGAGAGAUUGUGCGAGAGUUCAUGAAAGAGAGUGACACAAUUGUCCUCUAUAAGGGCAUGAGAGAGGUCCUAGUCUACCUGACGCACUUGGACGUCAACGACACGGAGCAAAUCAUGACUGACAAGCUUUCAAGACAAGUAGAUGGUUCAGAAUGGUCAUGGAACAACCUCAAUACCCUCUGCUGGGCUAUCGGUUCGAUUUCAGGUGCCAUGAGUGAAGAGACAGAAAAGCGUUUCUUGGUCACAGUGAUCAAGGACCUGCUCGGUCUCUGUGAAAUGAAGAGGGGCAAAGACAACAAAGCCGUCGUCGCUUCGAAUAUCAUGUACAUCGUCGGUCAGUACCCGCGUUUCCUAAAAGCGCACUGGAAGUUCCUCAAGACCGUCGUCAACAAGAACUUCGAAUUCAUGCACGAGACCCACGAGGGAGUGCAGGACAUGGCCUGCGAUACCUUUAUCAAGAUCGCACAGAAGUGUCGCCGACACUUUGUCAUGCAACAGUCGGGAGAGCAGGAGCCAUUUAUUGACGAGAUUCUGAGGACAUUGCACAGGAUCACAGUGGACCUGUCACCUCAGCAGGUUCAUACUUUCUACGAGGCAGUGGGCUAUAUGAUUGCUGCGCAGCCUAGCAAACAGACUCAAGAGCGCCUGAUCAUGAAGCUGAUGGAGCUGCCAAACUCUGCGUGGGAUUCUUUGAUGGCUCAAGCCCACUCGAAUGUAGACGUACUUGGCAACGCAGAGAACAUCAAGAUUCUCGCAAAUGUCCUCAAGACGAACGUGUCCGCUUGCACCUCGAUUGGCUCCUUCUUCAUGCCCCAGAUUGCUCGCAUUUACCUGGACAUGUUGGCGCUGUACAGGACUGUCAGCGGAUUGAUCAGCGCAAAGGUCGAGUCUGAUGGCGAGAUUGCGACCAAGACGCCCCUUGUGCGUGGUCUCCGUACCAUCAAGAAGGACGUGUUGCGCUUGGUGGAGACGUAUGUAAAGCGAGCGGACGAUCUGGAGACGGUCAAUCGGGAGCUCAUCCCGUCGCUUCUCGAGGCCAUCUUGGGAGAUUACUCUCGCAACGUCCCUGCCGCUCGAGAUGCCGAGGUCCUCAACGUCGUUGCAACAAUCACUACGCGCUUAGGCCGACUGCUGACGGACAAGGUCGCGCCGAUCCUUGACGCAGUCUUUACGCCUACCCUUGACAUGAUCAAGAUGGAUCAUCUGAACUUCCCCGAGCACCGGGUUGCGUUCUACAAGAUGCUGAGGGCUGUGAACCUCAACUGCUUCCCGGCUCUGUUGGAGCUUCCACCGCCGCAGUUCAAGCUCUACAUCGAUGCCGUCAUGUGGGCCAUCAAGCACACGAUGAUCUCGGUGUCGGACACUGGUUUGAGCAUUCUGUUUGAGCUGCUCAGCAACCUGAGUGCGCAAGACUCGCAGGUCCUCGACUCCUUUGCUCAGAAUUACCUUCUGAAUAUCACACAGGACCUAUUGGCUACGAUCACCGAUGCCGAUCACAAGAGUGGCUUCAAGACGCAGUCUGCCCUUCUCGCACGAAUGUUUGAGCUGGUGGAGACUGGCAAGAUCACUGCUCCCUUGUGGAACGUCAAUGAGAUCAGUGACCCGUCUAUGAGCAACCCCUUGUUCAUGAGGCAACACGUCAGCUCUCUUCUCAAGAAUGCCUUCCCCAAUGUCACCCCUGGGUACGUGGACAACUUUACGAAUGGUCUGCUGCAGCAGUCGAGCGACCUGAAUGCCUACAAGGUGCUGCUGCGUGACUUCCUGAUCACCAGCCGCGAGGCCUCGGACGGUAGCAGUGCAGAGACGGACAACCAGGACCUCUUCCAAGAGGAUCGGGAGGCGGAGGCUGCUAGGAAGAGGGAAGAGGAGCAGGAGAGGGCCAAAGCCGUGCCCGGACUGAUCAAGCCGGCGGACAUCGACGAAGAGUUGUGACUGGAAGAUGAAGGGCCCCUGUUGGUGGGCCGGGGCAGUGGGGCGGCAAGGGAGGAUACGCUGUGGGAAGAUCUCCUCGGCUGACCUGGCGAGAUGCCGGGAGUGCGACCAGCCCGUGUAGGCCGCUCUGUGCCCUGUUGGGUAGUUUUUGUUUCCAUGUACGUGCGUUGGUGUGCUCUUCGUACUGUUCCAAGCAAGCAACCCUCUCCCCUCGUC